AUGGAAUGGCUACAAGCAGAAUUAGAAAGCUCGGGUGAAUCAAAUGCAUCUGAAUUGCAAGAGGAAGAUAAAAAUCAAACAGUUCCUGGAACACUUCUGAUACCAUGCCGAACUGCAAUGAAGGGGUAUUUUCCCCUGAACGGAACAUACUUUCAAAUUAAUGAGGUUUUUGUUGACUUUGCAUCAAUGAUAAAACCGAUUAAUGUUCCUAGAAGGUUGUUAUGGUCUCUAACGAAACAAAUAACAUAUUUUGGUACCGGGACAUCGGCCAUUACAAGAGGUAUGUCAGCGGAAAAGGUUAGAGAAUUCUUUAACGAAGGAUACAUUUGUGUCCGAGCAUUUGAAACAAAAACAGGAGCUCCAAGGCCAAUAUCACCAAUGAUGCAUCUAAACACUACUGUCAAAUUUGAAAAAGAAAAAGUUGAAAAAGAAAAAAAGGCAGUUGAAAAAGAGAAAAAUGUGGUGCCAAAUGAGAUAGCAAGUCAGGACAGGAAUCAUAUUAUAGAUCUUUAG